AUGAUUUCUGAAAAAGCAGCGUAUGCUUUGGCUACUCUUGGAACGGUAUGUUGGUGUGUACAAUUGAUUCCACAAAUUAUUUACAACUAUAUCAGGAAAGACUGUACAGGGUUCCCCCCCUCAAUGAUGUUUCUUUGGGUGGUUUCUGGGGUACCGUUUGGAAUCUACUUUCUAAUAACAAGAGGUAAUAUAAUUCUUCAGAUCCAGCCGCAUUUAUUCAUGUUUUUCUGCUCAUUAUCAUGGGUUCAAUCAUUAUAUUAUCCCCCUUACAGUCUCUCUGUGAAAAAGAUCUUGCUUCGAUGUAUUUUACCCAUGAUAUUAUUCAUUGUCAGCUUUGAGAUAGGGUUUACUCUUUGGUUAAGACCGGUGUAUGAUCAUGGUACUCAUUGGCCAGCGCUAGUGAUAGGAAUCAUUGCCACUAUUUUGCUUGCAGCAGGAUUGAUCCCACCAUAUUUUGAGCUUGCGAAACGUCAGGGACGUGUCGUUGGCAUAAAUUUCAUAUUCUUGUUUGUUGACUCACUUGGUGCAUGGUGUAGCAUUGCCAGUGUUAUUGUAGGGAACAUGGAUAUCAUGGGAAUUGUAUUGUAUGCUGUCGUCGCAGCGUUAGAGCUCGGGAUAUUCGCUUCCCAUUUCAUAUGGUGCUGCAGAUUUAAAUGGUUUGGCAAUGGUACUGGUGAAUUCGAUGAUGACGAUGUCGGUAGCACAAGCAGUUCCGUAGGUAUAGAAAUAAACGGAAUCGAUGGCGACUCUGCUGAAGACGGGAUCUUUGCAGGUCCUUAUAUUAAUAACGAGCAGGAUAAAGAUGAUAUUGGUAGUAAUAAUACAAAAUCUAUGAAAGAACAAAGAUCAUGA